GCAACUUUCACAUAUUAGCAGUUACUCGAGGACGUGUUUGUAAUUAUCAGGAAUAUAGAGGUUGUGAAGUAUGAAACCAAUUUUUCUAAUGAAUUUGUUGUGUUGAAUAUCCGUAAACGAUAAGGCGUUGAGGAGUUGACGGUUAAGGAAAACUUGAUAAAUUCUCAACGCGCGAUAACUACUGAGUGCCUUUCGCUAUAUAUUUCUGUGGUAAUCCGAUGUUAUCUUAAUAUUGUGUGUCUAUUAUCUUAUCGCCGAUUGUCACAACGCGAGCUCUACGGGUACAGUUGUUAGUUGUGCAGACCUGUCAUUGGACAAGAACAAAGGCUCUUAGGGAGGAUUGUACAAUCAUGGACACCCAAAGUGUGAUGCUUAAUGAUUUGACUGGAGCAGGCACUAGACAGAAUCCAUCAACUUCUAGACAUGUUCAUUAUGAAUCUUCCCAACUUCAAAAUGAUUUAAUAUCAUCUAUGCCAUCACACAGCCUUGGUGCAAGUGCCUCGAGCACAUUAAGAAAGCCAAGAAGCACAAAACAUGUGACCACUGCUGAUCAUUUUGAGACAAUACCUAUACUACGGUAUGCAGACUCAGACUUGGAUAAUCAUGCAGGUCUUAUUGCUGGUGAAAUGGAAAAGGAUUCAGCUCUCAUGGAGGACAAUCCAGAAUCAGAACAAUUACGAAUUGACACCUUAAGGGAAAUGCCAGAGUCUCUGACAUUAAAAAGAGUAGUGAAGAAGAAGUUGCUGAAGAGAGUCAGUCAGAAGUCGAAGAAGAAACCUAUUGGCUGUUUCAAAAAAAUCCGUUACAAAUUCAGUAUGCUAACAAAGAAGCUCAACCUUGCUGCUAAAGAUGUUAUAUAUAGUGUGGAACUUUGGUACAGCAGCAUAAAAGUCAUUGAAGGACAUUUCGGUAGCAGUGUGGCCACAUACUUUAGAUUCUUCCGCUGGCUUUUCAUGCUCAAUGUUGUUAUUGCAUUAAUCAACCUCUUGUUUUUGGCAAUCCCACAAAGCCUGUACAGUGCAUAUGAUGAGGACGAUGACACUAUGAACAAUACAGCAAUGGAAAACAGGAGAUCUCUCAUACUUUUCAAGAGAUUGAAAAUUGGGGAAAGUGAAAUCAACAGUGGUGAGAUGACAAUUUUCACUACACUGAGCUCAAGUUCUGAGUACUUCUCAUUUGCUGAUAUUUUUGUUGGUGAGGGUUCUUUCACCAAUAGCAUUUUGUAUUAUGGCCACUACACCAACACAUCAUUCUCAGUUUUCCCCAAUGUGGAGUACAGCAUGCCACUGGCGUACUUCUUCACUACCGCAUGUUGCUUUGGUUUGGCAUUUCUUGCACUAUCAUUGAGUGUUGCCAGAUCUUACAGAAAAGUCUUCAUUGAAACGUCAGGUGGGAUAAAAAAUGUAUAUGCUCUCAAAAUAUUUUGCGGUUGGGACUACAGCAUUGCAACCACUGAAGCUGCUAAUCUGAAAUCAAAGAGUCUCUACAAUGAAAUAAAGGAACUUCUUGCUGAGGAUUACAAGGAGUUAAAGAAACACAACUGGAAAUCGUGGUUGAAAAUCAUUUUAGUACGUCUUGUGGUAAAUUUAUCAGCAGCCACUAUUUUUAUUGGAACUGGAGCAGCCAUAUGGCUAGUGCUCGAAAAGAAACCACUUGAUUGGAACUAUAUGUUGCCCCUGAUUAUUACAGUUAUCAUGGUGGUAGCACCAUGGCUCUUGUCCAUUCUCUUAAGGCUUGAAGAUUAUGAGAGUCCACGAAUAGCACUUUAUGUUAAUCUGGUAAGAGUUUUUCUUCUUGAAAUUGUUGCUAUCAUGGCUAUUGUGGUCUACUGGUUCCAUCCAUCCAAUUCUCAGUGCUGGGAGACAUCUUUAGGACAGGAGCUUUAUCGUCUUGUUAUUUUGGACUUUUUCAUUUCAACACUAGGAGGUUUCCUUAUAGAAUUCCUUCUUAAGAAAGUGGGCAGGAGUUCGUGUAUCAAAAUUGCUCCACCAGAGUUUGACAUUACACGAAACACCUUGAAUCUCAUAUACAAUGAGACUUUAGUUUUUGUAGGCUUUUUCUACAGCCCACUUCUUCCUCUUGUUGUAACAAUAAAAAUGUUUAUUACAUUCUACAUUAAGAAAAUUGGAACAUUAUAUAACUGUCAGCCUGCAAGUCGAUCAUGGAGAGCAUCACAGACGCAGACAGUAUUUCUUAUUUUGACAUUCCUUUCGUUGCUGGCUGCUGUAAUUGCAUAUGUCUACCUUAUUUCAUAUGUAAAUCUUUCAGAAGGAUGUGGUCCUUUCCAAAAAAAGAUGUCGGAUUUAAUAAUGGAUGAAAUGUUGACCCUGGAGGAAGGCCAUGUAAUAUGGAAAAUUUUAUUUUUUGUGACAAAGCCUGGUGUAGUUGGUAUUAUCCUAACAGGCAUGAUUUUCUUGGCAUUCUAUAUGCGUUCAAAAGCUGCAGCACAUGCUGAAAUGAUUGAGCUUCUAAAAGAUAUGUUGAUUAUAGAAGCAGAAGACAAAGAAUUUUUGCUUACAAAUAUUGCUAAAGUUACAGAGCCACAAUACCCUGGAUGGUCGGAUGGCAGACCAAAACCUUCACCACGAAAAAUGAGGAAACGCCAGACAAACUGGGAUUCACCUUUAUCUGGUGAUUAUUCAGCUGCCCUCAAAGGAAUGAGAGCAAAGCAACCAUUCCAUCUUCGAGGGCAAGGGCACAAAAUGCGAAGAUAAGAAGAGCAGCCUCUUGACACAUGAUGUGCUGAAUUGUGUUUUACUACUACUGACUGAUGGUGUAUUGUACUUUAAAUCCAUCAUAAAGUAAUUGUUGUUUUAUUAUGUUGCUUUACAUUUUGCAAACAAGUUCUGUUUGUUCUCAUAAGGCAUUUCCUGAAGAUUAGCAGUAUUAAAAUAUUAAAUUUUU